CAGGAGCUGAACCUGAGGAGCAUCGUGCAAAACAACUACAACAUGGCCAGGAUCUCCGGCGUCUGGUACUCCAUCUCCGUGGCCUCCAGCAACCUGACGCGCAUCCGCGAGCACGGGGACCUGCGCGUGUUCGUGCGCCGCCUCGAGUACCUGGACAACGGCAACCUCAAGUUCAACCUCCGCUUCAGGGUGCAAGGGCAGUGCGUGCCUGUGACCAUGGUCGGCCAGAGGACAGGGAAGGACGGGGAAUACAUCAUCCCCUACCAGGGCGACAGCCGGAUGCAGGUGCUGGAGACGGACUACAGGCUGUUUAUCAUCUUGUACCUGGAGAACACAGAGGGCGAGACAAAGAUGCAGGCGCUGGCGCUGUACGGGCGCAUCCCCCAGCUGAGCAGCCCCUUCCUGAGGCGGUUUGAGGGAGCCUGCAAGAGGUUCGGGCUGGACCCCGCGACCAUCCUGCCCCUCAAGGAUCAAGAUAACUGUUACCAGGAGCGCUAG